AUGCAGUUUACGCCAUUUAUCUCCGACAUUGAGAUACCAUUUUACACUUCCCUUGCAUCGCUUAAACUUAAUCAUGAUAAACUGGAUGAUUCAACGCGCAAGGUCCUAGGGUUCUACGAACUGCGGCCCUUAGAUCCACCGGAAACAUCAUGUCGGAUGCACAUAGCCGGAAAUGCUUUAGUCACCGAUGAUGUCCCACUGGACGCUUUUCGAGCUGAAGGCGUAGUCAAAAAUUUCAAUACUGCCGAGGACUAUCGCGCCGCAGAUAAAGCGGCAUUACUUCGCGAAAACGGGAGGAAAAUUUGGGAUGCGAUAACGGAUGGCUCGAUUUAUUCCUCCCCGUCUCUUCUUGCGUCAUUCCUAAUAUUAUCGUUUGCGGACCUUAAAAAGUAUACGUUCUCUUAUUGGUUUGCAUUUCCGGCAAUUCACUCGAAUCCCCCCUGGGUUGCCGAGCAACAAUCACGCUCACUAAACAUUCCAGAAAGAAAUGCACUCGUUGAUGCAGUACGAGCAUGGCGUUAUCAAGUGGACAAGAAGCAACACGGCUUUUUCCUUGCUAAGAAAAUUCGACAUAUUAGUCCUCGGUCACCUCCGAAAUCUAGCACUGCCACUGAUCCUGCAUCCAAUGUAGAUCAACUUGGUCAUGAUUCAUAUCAAAACCCCCUUUGGGAGGUCUCGUCUCUUUCAUCCUAUGAAACCGGCUUUUUCGAAGACGUUGGAGCAGAGGAUUGCUAUGUUUGUUUUGUCGAUCCGUCUAACUACCCGGGCGCACCUGGUUGGGUGCUCAGAAAUUUGCUAAUUUUAAUACGGCAAAAAUGGAAACUCGACCGUGCUCAAAUACUUCGCUAUCGCGACAUUUCAUCACCGACUAUGGAACCCCAAAGUACGGUGUUGAUUUUGAAAUCUGAAUCCUCCGUCAAUCGGGACGGUGCGUCUGACCUGCAGCAAUUGGUGAUGCCAAAACUUAGCGGAUGGGAACGCAAUAACUCUGGCAAACUAUCUGGUCGCACAGUAAAUCUCACAGAGCACAUGAACCCUCAUAGGAUUGCAGAUCAAUCAGUGGACCUUAAUUUGAAACUCAUGAAGUGGCGCAUAAGCCCUGGCCUCAAUUUGGAUGUGAUUAAAGAUACUAAAUGCUUGUUACUUGGUGCAGGGACAUUAGGAUGCUAUGUUGCAAGGAACCUGUUAGCCUGGGGUGUUCGAACAAUCACUUUUGUGGACAACGGUUCGGUUUCAUUCUCAAAUCCAGUCAGACAACCUCUGUAUAAUUUUCAGGAUUGCCUUGAUGGUGGUGCUAAAAAGGCUAUAUGUGCUGCCAAAGCACUCCUUGAAAUCUACCCUGGAGUUUGUUCUAAAGGCCAUGUUUUAUCCAUCCCCAUGGUGGGGCAUCCGAUUGUUGACACUGACAAUGCGAAGCAUGACUAUGAAUGUUUGAAGGAUCUUAUUGAUCAACAUGAUGCCAUUUUUUUGUUAAUGGAUACUAGGGAGUCUCGCUGGUUACCAACUGUUAUGGGUAAGGCAGCUGGGAAGGUUGUUAUGAAUGCUGCAUUAGGCUUUGACACAUUUGUCUGUAUGCGUCAUGGGACUACCGGUAAAUCCAAUGAGCCUAGCCUUGGUUGUUACUUUUGCAAUGAUAUUGUGGCGCCAGCAAAUUCUGCAAAAUCACAAACACUUGAUCAACAAUGUACUGUGACGCGCCCAGGCGUUGCUGCCAUGGCCUCAUCAUUAUUGGUUGAACUUUUUAUCUCAGUUCUUCAGCAACCAGAUGCAUCAUCCAUACCAUCUUCACAGAUGGAAGAGGCUCUACACCCUCUAGGCAUUGUUCCUCACCAGAUAAGAGGGUUUCUAUCUACAUUUUCAAAUACUGUUGUCACUGGCCGCAACUAUGAAUUUUGCAGUGCCUGCUCAGAUAAUAUCCUCCAUACAUUUAUCAAUGAUGGCUGGGAAUUCGUUCGGAGGGCAAUUAAUGAAACCGGCUACAUUGAGGAAGUGAGCGGCUUGAAAGAAGUUCAGCAAUUGGCAGAAGAGGCGCUCGUAUCAUUGGAAUUGGAGGAUAGCGAGGACUCAGGAAGCGACCUUAUUUGA